AUGAAGGCUGCUCAAUCACUCGCUCUUGGCCUCGCCGUUCUCGCUCCCCUAGCUUCUGCUUGGCCUAAAUGGCUUCCGGAUGUCGAUGCCCUGGUUGUGCGCCAGAACGACGAAUCUUCCGCACCCGCCGCAACUGAGACCCCCGCCUCCAGAACAGGGGCCACGGCAACACCAACUGCCACGGGGACCGCAGAGGGAACGAGGACCGGCGGUGCGAGGACCACUAACCUCAACACUGCUCAGGGUUCUACUGGGACAGGCACAGCGAGAGGUACACAGACGGGUACUGGCACCAGGACCGGCACCGGCCAGUCCAAGUCGACUGCCUUCGACGAAACGGAUCCCCAGGGUUCUGUUGUCAUGAUUACACCCGCAGCCACGGCACAGUCUAUCAACUUGUACAAAAUCGGAGACUUUGUCACCUGGGGAUGGAACUACACGAACCUCCAGGCUACGCCCACCGCCAUCGACGUCCUCGUUUCCUGCUCUUCCAUGGCCCAGACCUGGACGCUCACCCAAAACAUGAGUUUCGCCCAGCCCGCCUCUUUCACCUGGGACUCGAGCGUGCAGAAGACCGACGCCUCGGCGCCGCUGCGCAACGACGAGUACACCCUUGUCAUUUACGAUGCUGAAUCGAGCGUCAGUGCAACUGCUGCCGCCGGCUACUUGGGCGUCUCCAACAGCUUCAAGUUCGGCAUGUACUUGCCCCAAGAAUACAAGCCUCUGAACGAGUGGAACUGCGCAGUUUGCAAGUCGGCGGCGCCCUCUUUGAACAGCAAGGCAAUUGGUAUGGCUGUGGGCAUGAGCAUGGUCACCGUCGCCAGCUUUACGUGGUUCGUAGCGGGACUCGGCAUGUUUUAA